CCAUUCUUUAUGUUUCCCAAUACAUAAAUAUAACAAAAAUCUUCAAAAAAGAAAUUCCACUAAAGGCAAUACCAAAAAUCUUCAAAAAGAAAUUCCACUACAGUCAGUACCUAUAUUAAGAAAUCAAAUACUCAAUAACAAAUGAGCCAAAUAGUUCGGUGCCUACCCGUGUCUAUAAAGCUUCACAACAAAUAUUUCAGCUCCCAAAUUCAACGUUUCAUACUUCAUACUAACAAGAAUAUAUAAUUGCAAGUCCCAAUUUUAAAAGCAUAUUACACUUGAAGCUGCAAUAAUUAAAGAUACUACAUGUAUUAGUAUACCAAUCAGCAUUACAUCAAUUGACCAUGUUUCAGAAUCAAUCUCACUCCUUCUUCUUCUUCUUCUUCUUCUUCUUCUUGUCUCUUCUUUUUCUUUCUCUGUUUUUCUCCUCAGUUAAAUCCAGUGCAAAUGAUGACGCUCCGUCUUAUGCAUAUUGUCCUAAACAUAACUGCAGUGGAGUUGAAGUUUCAUAUCCUUUCUGGAGGCUUGACAAUUACAACGCAACCGCUCCUCAGUACUGUGGUUACCCUGGAUUUGGCAUCAGCUGCUCUAUUUCUCAUUCUCAACCAUAUCCUAUUCUUCACCUUCCGGGUGAUGCUUUCUACGUUAAAAAUAUAGAUUAUGAAACCAAUUCCCUCACUCUAGUGGACAUUGAUGUUUUCGACGUGCCAUGUCCCAGAGCACGUCACAAUCUUACUUUAGAACACUUGCCUUUGGAUUAUUCGGAUUCCGAUCUGAAACUUACAUUUUAUUUCAAUUGUACAAAAUCUCUACCUCAAGCUUAUCCCGCGGAGUGCUUAAUAAAAUCAGGUGGAAAAGCAUCUUAUUUCUAUGUUGGGGAAAUCAGUGAGCCGGAAGAUUUGAACUGGAUUGGGAUUUGUGAGGAGAAAGUGGUGGCGACGGUGACGGAGAGGGGAAGCUUCCAGAACAAUGAUUGGAUCGGAGGAUUUGGUGGGGCCAUGGGCGAGGGUUUCGUGCUGGACUGGCGGAGCGCGUCGGAGUGCGGCAAGUGUGAGGACUCACACGGGCGGUGUGGUUUCAACAAUUCAACCCAGAAUCUCUUGUGCUUUUGCAAAGAUGGUACCGUUAAGUUUGAUCAUUGCAAAGGCAAUAAAAGAGAUAUCAGAGUGAAGGCUGCCGUAGGUGUAAGUGCAGCUGCAUUAACUGCCUUUGUGGCAUGUGUAUUUUUCUUUCUCUAUCGUCGUCGACAGAAGAAAAGUGACGCCGGUUCGUCUUUGAUCUCCAGUAGCAUCCUUUCUUAUCCCUCCUCAAUAGCGGAUCCUGAAAAGGCUUCACACUAUUUCGGAAUUCCCGUAUUUGACUACAAUGAACUGCAAGAAGCCACAAGCAAUUUUGAUUCCAACAAAGAACUUGGAGAAGGUGGCUUUGGCACAGUAUACAAAGGUAAACUUCGAGAUGGACGUGUUGUUGCCGUAAAACGUUUAUAUGAGAACAACUACAAGAGGGUUGAGCAAUUCCGUAAUGAAGUCAAACUCCUCACACGCUUGCACCAUCGAAAUCUAGUUACCCUUUAUGGAUGCACAUCUCGCCAUAGCCGCGAGCUUCUUCUUGUGUAUGAAUAUAUUCCCAAUGGCACAGUUGCUGAUCAUCUUCAUGGAGAACACACUAAGCCUGGAUCGCUUUCAUGGAAUACACGAAUGAGCAUUGCCGUAGAAACGGCAAGUGCACUAACCUAUCUCCACAAUUCAGAUGUCAUUCACAGAGAUGUAAAAACUAACAAUAUCCUCCUAGACAAUAAUUUCUGCGUCAAAGUAGCAGAUUUUGGCUUGUCUCGGCUUUUCCCAACUGAUGCUACUCACGUCUCAACAGCUCCACAGGGUACCCCUGGAUAUGUUGAUCCCCAGUAUCACGAAUGCUAUCAACUCACCAGCAAAAGUGAUGUGUAUAGUUUCGGGGUGGUACUAAUCGAGCUUAUAUCCUCCCUACCAGCUGUUGAUAUCUCUAGGCAUCGAUAUGAAAUAAAUCUGUCAAAUAUGGCAAUUAACAAGAUUCAGAGCAAUGCAUUACAUGAGUUGGCUGAUCCAAGUCUUGGUUUUGAUUCCAAUGAGAAGGUAAAGUGGAUGAUCACCGCCGUGGCAGAGUUGGCUUUCCAGUGUUUACAGAAUGACAGGGAUUUGAGACCAUCCAUGCAAGAGGUUUUGAAGUCUCUACUGGGAAUUCAGAGUAUGGACAAAGCUGCAGGAGAAACAAAGAAAGCAAGUCCUGGUGAUGAUUCUGGGCUGUUGAAGAAUAACGCUUUAUCUCUCUCACCCGAUUCAGUUAUUGCAAAAUGGACUAGCAGUAGCAGGUCAACAACAUCUACUUCUAGUACUGGCUAAGUUUAUGCCCUCACCUUGUCUAGUUUGUGGUUUUCUUGACGGUGAUACCUGAGCACUUGCUCUUUUGACUGCCAAAUUUUUGAAAUUUGACGUCUUUUUAAAAUUAAUUUGGACCUUCUUUAUCUUAAAGCGGAUGUACAUAUCUGGUAUGCAGCACUUUAAAUUUAACAAUCCUAAUUCAAUUCAUUUCUUAAAUUCUUUAA